AUGCAGCGGGCCUUCGACGGGACGCGGUGCAGCCUCCUCAAGUUCUGCAGCCACCACUGCCUUGGAGGCGACGCGGAGGGCGAGGUCACUGGCGGCGACGCGGAGGCGCCAGGCGGCGAGGAGCCCGGGGGCGCCUCCGCGAGGGGCUCGGUCGAGAGGAUGGGCGACCGGAAGAGGAGGGAACGCUCCAAGCAGCAGGACGCGGUCAGGGCGGAGUACCGGGUGCUGGCCGCCCUGACGAGCGGCCUGGCAGGGCACGGGGACACCAAGGCCGAGGCCGAGGGCAGCGCGAGGCUGCGAGAGGUCGAGGCCCGGGCCCGCGGCCUCGGCUCCACCGAGCUGGCCGCCCUGCUGGCCAGCCUGCCCGCAGGGGGCGUUGCGGGGGACGCCGCUGGGCUGGCCCGCGCCGCGCUGCAGGCGCCCCCGCCCGCGGGCUGCAGCUGCUCGGCCGUGCUGCAGCUGCUCUCGCGCGGCGGGUGCCGGCAGCUGGCGCCGCUGCGGGCGGCGCGGGCGGGCCAGCUGGCCCGCUGCGCCGCCGCGCUGGCCCGGCUGGUGGCCGCGGAGCGCUCCCUGCGCUUCUUCGAGGCCACUCUGCGGGUGCUGUCUGGCGCCGAGAGCGGCACCGAGGGCAGCCCCGAGUGCUCCGUGUGCCUGGAGCCGCUGAGCCCAGCGGGCGCGGCGGUGCUGCCAUGCGCCCACGCCUUCCACACUGGGUGCUGCUUCGCCCUGCUGGCCGGGCAGGGCCCGGGCGCGUGCCCCGCCUGCCGGGCGCCCUUCGGGCGCGCCGACGUCGCGCCCGUGGGCGCCGCCGAGGGCCCCGCGCCCUGCAGGGAGGCGGAGCUCCACGGCUCCAAGCUGGCCGCGGUCGGCCAGGUGCUGCGGAAGAUCCAGGGAGAGGAUCCCAUCCGCCAAAGCGAUCGUCUUCGUCCAGUGGGCCGACCUGGAGAAGCUCGUCGGGGCGGCCCUGAGCCGCAUGGGCAUCGAGCACGUCAGGCUGAGGGGGAGCACGGUCCAACGGAGCAGGGUGGUGGCGGCGUUCCAAGAGCAGGACGAGCCGCGUGUGCUCCUCCAGUCGAUGGAGAACUCCGCGUCGGGCGCGAACCUGACGCGAGCCAGCCACGUGCUGCUGGUGCAUCCCGAUGGACGCCGACUCGCGCGAGCGAGCCGUGGCGUACGAGAUGCAGGCUCUCGGCCGCGUCCGCCGCUGCGGGCAGACGGCCGGUCGGGUGCACCUCUGGCGCUUCGUCACCGCUGGCACCGUGGAGGAGGAGGUGUCCAGGCCCAGGCGCUGGGUCAGUGGACGCGUGCGGUUGCCGCUGGGGGGGGGGGGGGGGGGGGGGGCCUCCCGAGCGGUGGUGUUGCGUGACGCCAGUUUGCGGGGACGUGUGAGAAACGGGACUGACGUCAGGGUCUACUGCAGCAUCGCUUAUGCAGCAUGCAUCUUCGGUUUGCUCUGGUCCUCCUCUUCCUCCUCCAGCUCUUCCGCCCUCUCCUCGUCCUCCACCCCGUCUACCUCCCCUUCCUUACUCCUGCCUCCGUUGGGGCCACCAUGGUGCCAGCAGACUGUCCGACCGCACAGGAGCGGUGGUGCGCGGAGGGGGCGCUGGCGGCGCUCGAGUGUGCUUGUUGGCGGUAGGCGCACAGCGAGAGCCGCUGUAGGGUUCCCGGCGCGCCCCGCCAUCGUUUUGUUUGUGGUUGUUCCCUUUAUCGGGCUCAUCCUGCUCAUUAUCCUCCCUCCUCUUCUCCCCUUCGUCCCUCGUUCCUUGUUCCUCCUUCGUGCUCCCCCCCUGCCUCGUGCCUCC